AUAGAAUACCUUCCCGACCCUAAGUAAAAAACACGACCUAAAAACAGAUUAUUAAUUAAAAACGUUAAAAGGAAAUGCUCAUUGGUUUUCCUUCUAAUAGAUUUCUGUUUUGGAGUAUUGAGCUGAAUUCAUCUAUCUAGGGCUUUGGAGUUGGAUUUCGAUUUGGGAAUUUGAUUGGGAAAUUGAGGAACGAGUUAAAAGAGGGAAAAUGGAGGGAAUGUUGUCUGCGAGUGAUAAGCAGAGCAUGGUUUCCUCAUUUCUCGAGAUCGCCGUUGGUCAAACUGCAGAAACCGCCAUGCAGUUUUUGCAAGCAACUAGCUGGAAGCUGGAUGAAGCUCUUCAGCUGUUUUAUGUCGGUAAUGAAGGUGGUGUAGUUGGAACGGCUUCUGAGUCUCCAGCAGUGGAAAACGUAGAUUCUUGGGUUGAUCAAAACUCUGGUGAGUUGAAGGAGUCUGGAAACAGUGAUGUUGGACCCAUUGGUGGAGAGGAAGUACGCCCUCCUUUACCUGUAGUAAGGGAGACUCUUUAUGAUGAUGCAUCGUUAUAUGGAGCUUCAAGAUUAGGAUUACCUCCCCAACAGUCGAGUUCGUUAAUUGCAUUCCGUAAUUUUGAUGAGGAAAUGAAACGGCCCGGGGUUUGGGAAUCAGAUGAAGGUGCUUCUUCCACGGUAGAUGCUCCUCGGGAUAAUCUUGCCUCUUUAUAUCGCCCUCCUUUUCAUCUGAUGUUCCAGGGACCAUUUGAAAAGGCAAAAGCUGCUGCAUCUGUUGAGGACAAGUGGCUCCUUGUCAACUUGCAAUCUACCAAGGAGUUCAGCUCACAUAUGCUUAAUCGAGAUACUUGGGGAAAUGAGGCAGUUUCUCAAACUGUUAGCACCAACUUUAUUUUCUGGCAGGUAUAUGAUGAUACAAGUGAGGGGAGGAAAGUUUGCACCUAUUACAAACUAGAUUCAAUUCCCGUAGUGCUGGUUAUUGACCCAAUCACAGGACAGAAAAUGCGCUCCUGGUUUGGAAUGGUUCAACCUGAGAGUUUGCUGGAGGACCUGGUUCAAUUCAUGGAUGGUGGCCCAAGGGAUUAUCAUGCAACUCUGUCUCAUAAACGUCCUAGAGGAAGCUCAGUUACUCCACAACAAAAAAUUAAAGUGUCAACAGAUGAAACCAAUGAAGAUAAGGAAAUGUUGAGAGCGAUAGCAGCUUCUAUGGAGAAUGCAAAAGAAUCUAUUAAAACAACUGAAGAUGAUAAAGUAUCAUCCACAACUGAGGAAGAACCAUGCUUGACUAAGAAGCCUGCAUAUCCUCCUCUACCUGAAGAACCUAAGGGUGACAGGAACCUCUUAUGUAGGGUUGGAGUCCGACUUCCUGAUGGGCGCAGGGUACAGAGAAAUUUUCUCCGAACUGAUCCAAUACAGCUACUGUGGUCAUUCUGCUAUUCUCAACUUGGUGAAGCUGAAUCAAAGCCAUUCCGCCUGACUCAACCGAUUCCAGGAGCUUCGAAAUCUCUGGAUUAUGAUAGCAAAUUAACAUUUGAGGAGUCGGGGCUUGCCAAUUCUAUGAUCUUAGUUGCGUGGGAAUGAAUAUUGUCAAGAUGGCAAUGGUUUUCAAGUUCAUUCAACCACCUUGCGUUGAAAGAUUUUUUGGUUUACGAACUCUUCACAUCCCUGUUUUUCACUUUGUGUUGCACUUCAAGGAGUUAUUUACGAGGGGAUGAAAGAACCACCGACUUUAUUAUGUAUAUAUACUCAAAAUACUCCUUUUAUGUCUUCAAUACUUUCAGUUUGUUUAGUUCUUUUGAAAGACCAGACAUCUAAGCUGCCUAGCCCACCACUUAGGCCUCCACUAUUUUCCAAACAGUUGAAACUUUGCGGAUGGUAUUAAUGCACAUGGUUUAAUCUCUAUUAGAUCCA